CAAAAGAGCGUUUGUUGCACCUUUGGCCACGGUCCGGCCUUAAACCUGGAAAAUGCUGCUGUCCCCAAAGGAAAGAUCCACCUCAGGGAAGAACAAGGGAGUGAAUCGCUGGAAGCGGUUCACAAGGAAGCCGAAUCCCAAGCCUGCUUUUGAUCCUGACAAUGUGGAGUACUGGAUUAAGAGAGUGGAGCUAGCCUCAGAAUUUGCAGUUUCCCACACAUUUUUUGCCAGAAAUUCAGACUUACCUGGAAGAUGUUGGGGCCAAAUGAUAGAUUUGGAAACACCUGAGCAAAUAGAAAAUCACGAUGAAGUCUACACAGAAGCUCAGGAAUUAGUCAGUGACUGGCUAGGCACCAAACUUCAACAAGAAUUAGCAAGUGAUGGAGAAGAGGAUGCUGAAAACACUGUGUCAAGUGUCACUCCGAGGCCAGAAGCCAGUAGCCAUUGGAAAUAUGACAGAUUUGAUGAUUUAUGCAGCUAUUUGGAGGAAGAAGAAGAAAGUACCACUGUUCAAAAAUUUGUGGACCAUCUGCUCCAUAAAAAAGUGGUGGAUUCUGGGAUGUUGGAUGAUCUUGGAAUGAAGGAAAACCAAGACAAGAAGCAGCAGAAGGAUCCUCGUCUUACCAUGGAGAUGAGACAUAAGCAGGUUAAAGAAAAUCGCUUAAGACGUGAGAAAGAGCUGGAGUGCUGGAGAAUGGAAAAGGUCUUGAAAAAAUCGGCUUUCUUGGAGGCUCAGUAUCUGGUGCAAGAAGAGAAGAAAAGGAAGGCUCUGGAAGCCAAAAAGGAGAAGGAGGAGAUUCAGAGGGAGAUGGUAAAGCUGCGAAGGGAAAUACUCGAGAGGAGGCACACUGUGGAAGAAGCAUGGAAGACAGAAAAGAAAAAGCAAGAAGAAAAUCUUCAAAAGAAUCCAGAUAAAGGAAUGUUUCCAAACGCUUCUGUUCUUCUUGAUGAAGAAAAAGUGGCAAAAGAGAAAAAAAAGAAACUGAAAGAGUUACUAAUCCAAACUUUCAAGGAAAAUCACCAGUGUCAGAAACGAUAUUUCUCUGCCUGGCAUAGGCUGAUUGCUGAUCGUAGGAUUGAGCUGGGGAAAGCUGGGACCCUGUCCAACUGGAAGCUUCAGCUGAAGGUCCUGCGAGCUUGGAGAGACUACACCAGAUCCCAGAAGCUGGAGCAGGCAACUCAGGCCUUGGAAAAUGAUCUUAGGGAAGAAAACAGAAAGCAACAACUGGCCACUGAGUAUAACCGGAAGCAAGUUCUUCGACACUGCUUUGCAGAAUGGCAGCGUUGGUGUGGUGCACAGGCCCUAAUGAGAGAACUGGCUCUAGCAAAGCAGGAAACCAGGAGGAAAAUGGAUGAGCUGCUGAAGGCAGCAUCCCUAGGCAGACUCAGUACGCCUGCAUCGUCGGGCAUCCGUCUGCUCGAGACACCAGCCACAGAGGUCUUACCAGUAAGAGAUGGAGAAGAGACUGUCAUGCCCUCUUUGGGGGAACAAAAGCCCUUGAAGAGUGGUGGUUGUAUGUUCAGAGCUCCCCUGAGAAGAACCGCAAACGGUAAUUUGCAGGGUCCUCUUCAGAAUGUCCCUCAGAACACACCUGACAGUGGGCAGCAGCAGGCCCUAAAUGCUGAGCUCAUUCAACGGUCUGGCAGCGACAAGCAGCUGGGAACUGCUAGCCAGAAAGCAGAACCUGUUUACAUGGGGCAUUUGCACCACCGCCAUGUUUUUCAACAACAGCUGAUUGAGAAGCAGAAGAAGAAACUUCAGGAACAACAGAAAACCAUUCUUGAGCUGAAGGAACACCAGCGGCUCACAGAGGCUCGGUGGGCAGCUGAGCGUGCUGCAGCACUCAGAGAAGCGCGGAAGCGCCUUUGGACAAGUCCCAGUGGGGCAGAGGAACUAAAAGGCACCUCCCAGAUGCUUCUGAAUUCAUCUGUUACUUCUCUUAGGACCAGAGACAGUAGAAGCAACUCCCAAAAUUCUCUUUCUGGACCCAGAAUGAAGCCAAAGCUGCUGAUGGCACCACAUCCCAUACUGAAAGCCAUGGAAGAGAGAGCAAUUCACCGAGCUGAACGUAGGCGGAUCUUGGCAGAAAAGAAGAAACAACAAGAAGAGGAGAAAUUGGCCCUGUUAAAGGCUCAAGAAGAAGAGCAGCAGAAGAGAGAGGAAGAAGCAAAGGAGGCUCAGCUUGAGAAAAAACGGGAGGAAAGGAGACUGAAGAAAAUGAAAGAAUUAGAGAAACAGAAAAGAAUUCAGAGGAACAAAGAGCUGGAAGCAGCAGCCAAAGAACAAUAUAAAAAGAUCUUGCUAAGGAAAAAAGGUCUGGAGCCUUGGAAGAAAUUAAGACAGCAAAGCAGACAAAACACACAGGAAGAUGCUCAGGAUUGCAUUUCAGACGUGGACAAAGUUUGUAAAAUUGAUGAAGGAGGAAAGAGUAAAAGAAGAAAGGCGAGAGCAGCUCCGCAGAAGGGUAGCGGAAAUUCUUCCAGACUUCCAGAUGCUGGCACCAUUGUGACCACUGCUAGGACAGCCACAGAUCCUUGGACUUCACUUGUGAGCACAGACCAGUGCAAUGCUUGGGGUGGGGAUCGCGAUGGGCUGGGGGAUGCAUUAUCCCUGCUACCUGCACACAUGUUUGUAGGUGGUUUAUUUUGAGCUACUUGCUGGGCAAUAGGGAUUAUUUGGGUCAUUUGUACUUCCUUGACCUUGCUUGGGUCACUGUCGCACUCACUUUUCACAUGUGGUCAUCCACAGGAACAGUGUAGAGCACUACCACCCACACGUAUCUUGUAUGUUUUUAGCAUAGUAAACUUUAAAAAGGACAAGUGAUUGCCCGCCUGAGUUUCUGGUAGGGGGCUUGAGAGGCCUCAGCGUCAAGCCCCUUACCAGAGCCAGUCCCUGCAGGCCACUGCUGAUGACAAACCAUGUAUCAAAAGCUACUCUAGAGCCACUGCGGAGGGUGGUAGCUUAUCCUGAUUUCAAACUGGGGCACCAAAGAUAGUGCAUGUAAAGGAAAUCCCAAAAGCUAGUAACUCUACCAAGGACAAUCCAGCAUUCAUUAAAAUACUUGGUAGGUUACAACUUCUAAAUAAUCCACUUGAUUUGUCUCCCAGUUUGAUUUCAAUGUUGAAAUAUUUAUCUUAAACUGAAAGGUUUUAAUAUUUAAGGUGCUAUAAACACUGAUAAAAUGCUCUUCUGUGAAUUGUCUUGGGAGAAUAACCUACUAGGAAAAAUGUUUUUCAUUAUGAAAAGCAUGUUUAUUGUAACACAUUCAAGUCCAGAAAUGAAAACAGUAAAGAAAGACCCUGGCAGCCUAGAAGUAACUAUUUGUUAGGUUAGAGAUUUCAAUUGGCAAAAUAAAACUGCA